UUCUGCUUUGACAGCCAUAAAAACAAACCUUGGUUACGGUGACUUACGGAGCAGAAUGUAGCUGUUUAGGACAGGAUCGAAACUUUCGUUUGGUACAGUUGAAAGCUUCAAGAGUUCACCGAGUCCGUGAAACAUUCUAUAGUGUGUUUGGCAAAGUGGUUUUAAAGUUAAAGCUCAAAUCUGCGAGGUAUACGCUUGUCAAUAUGAAGCUGACACGGCAAUGUUGCGAUGAAUAGGUGUUCUGUUUAGCGUUAACACUUUGGUUAACUUAAUUGUUUAAACUAUAGCAGAUUAACAUAACACCGCCUUUGUGCUGGACUGUGUCUCCAGGCGCAAUUCCUCAAUUGCUGACCGCAGAGGUUUUAGUGGCAGAAGUUAGGCUGCUCGAUGUGUUUGCGAUAGACUCCUGUUAUUCAUUGAGAAGUCAACAUGUUUCCAUUGGAUUCGGGAUGGAGUAUUUCGUUCGCCGGUUGCGGAUUCCUGGGGAUCUAUCAUAUCGGAGCGGCCAGUUGCUUGAUGGAUCAGGCGCCGUUCCUUGUGGAGAAUGCCCAGCACGUUUACGGGGCCUCGGCUGGUGCUCUUACCGCCUCGGCCCUGGUCAGUGGGGCAUGCCUGGGCGAUGCCGGCGGCAGCAUCAUUGAGGUGGCGAAGGAGGCUCGCAAGCGCUUCAUGGGCCCCAUGCACCCGUCCUUCAACCUGGUGAAGAUCAUCGGCUCCGUGCUGUCCCGCACGCUGCCCUCCGAUGCCCACCAGCACGCCACCGGCCGCCUGGGCAUCUCGCUCACACGCGUCGCAGACGGAGAGAACGUCAUCGUCUCGCACUUUGACAGCAAAGAGGACCUGAUACAGGCGUGUGUGUGCAGCGCUUUCAUCCCAGUGUACUGCGGCCUUAUCCCCCCAACCCUUCAGGGCGUGAGGUAUGUGGAUGGAGGGAUCUCUGACAACCUGCCCCACCACCACCUGAAGAACACCAUCACGGUGUCUCCGUUCUCGGGCGAGAGUGACAUCUGUCCCCGGGAUGACUCCUCCACCAACAUGCACGAGCUGCGCUUCACCAACACCAGCAUCCAGUUCACACUGGGCAACCUCUACCGGGUAUCCAGAGCGCUCUUCCCACCCGAACCACAGAUGAUGAAGAAUCUAUGCAAACAGGGUUACAGAGAUGCCAUGCGAUUCCUCAAGACAAACGGGCUACUUCAGUUCAGGAGGCCUCUCCCUUCACUGAGCAUCAGAGGAGCAGAGGAGGAGAAGGCGGAAGAGAAGGAUGUGGAGCAAGAAAAGAAGGAGGAGAAAGAGGAGGAGAAGAUGGAGGGAAUAAGAGGAGAGGGAGAGGAGGAGAAGGAGGAGGACAGGGAAGCACAGAGGCGGAGAAGUCUGCUGCCUAACUGUGUCACACACACUGUGGAGGAGCACUACCACUUUGAACACCUUCCUCCCAAACUGCACCGAGCUCUAGUGGAAGCCUGUCGAGAGAGGCGGGGCCUGAUCCAGUCGCUAGGCAACAUGCUCCCCGUCCGAUUGGCUUCCACUCUCAUGCUGCCGUACACACUACCUCUGGAGUCUGCCAUGUCCCUCACUGUCAGGUUGGUGGAGUGGUUGCCUGAUGUUCCUGAGGAUGUGAGUUGGCUGAAGGAACAGACACUAAAGGUUCUGCACUCGGCAGGGAAGACUGUGACCCACAAGGUGUCUUCACGUUUCUCCUACCAGUUGGAGCUGGGCCAGGUUUGGGGUUUGCCAGCGUCCGCCAGUGCCAGCGCAUCCCGGCUGCUGCCCGGGUGGGUGUGCGAGGGGGGCACCUCCAUGCUGGGCGCCCUGUUGCGGCUGGAGCAGUACCCCCGCCAGCUCCUGCCGGGCCUCUCCUGCGUCAACAUGGACCUGUGGGGCACCUUCCGCACCUCCUCUCACGCACACACACACACGCAGACAGACGCUGACGCGUGCACGCAUACAGACACACACUCCAACCACCAAGAAUACAUGCAGAUGGACAGCCUCUCCGCUGAGGAGAGGAGUGGCAUGAGUGUGCCAUCAGACGUUUCUGAUUCUACUGCACCUCAGUCUGUGGAAGUGGGUUCUGACUCUGGAGGACUGUGAUAUCCCACCGACCACCUCUGCCCACAAGUGACUGUCUGCCAAAAACAUGCAUGCACAGACACGCGCACACACAUGCAAAGGAUUAAGACCGAUUUAAUUUGGUCCACAUUUUGAAACUUUUUGUGUGUGUGUGUGUGUGUGUGUGUGUGUGUGUGUGUGUGUGUGUGUGCGUGCGUGCGUGCGUGCGUGCGUGCGUGCGUGCGUGCGUGAGAGAGAGAGAGAGUGAGCAUGUGUGUGUGUGUGUGUGUGUGUGUGUGUGUGUGUGUGUGUGUGUGUGUGUGUGUGUGACCAUGAGUCCUCAGGCUGCCUCUGUCUUUAUUGGUUUUUAUGUGUUUGUGUGAUUUUAAGUUAGAGGUCUUACUGUGCCAAGUGUAUACACACAAACUCUCUCUCUCUCUCUCUCUCUCACACACACACACACACACACACACACACACACACACACACACACACACCUUUCUGCAGGACUAAAUCUACAUGGGCUCUCCUAUCCCAGGGCCCAUUAAAUACUACAAGCAACAUACAAAACACCUAAGCAACUAAGCAAUGCAAAUUACAAUUGUGAAUAUAUUUCAUGUGUUUCGUGUGUAAGUGACAGAGUUUAGUCUGGAUGUGUUUUUCUUGUUUGCAUAUGUUGAUUUUGAAAGUUUACUCUUAUGCUGCUGUGCCAUGCUGAAUGUACUUUGUGUAUCAGGGAAUUCCAUGAUUUAAAAAAUAUAUAUUUUGGGCCUCUGUGCCCCAAUGAGACAGGGAGUACGUUGCAAUAUGCAACCUUGCCUCCUCCACUUGCGCUUGUCUCCUCGUCCCGCCUCCUGGCCCCUCCUCCGUGGAGAAAACGAUAAAGUUUCCCAGUUGUCAGCCUAGCCACAACAACUUUUGAGGGACUGUUUUUCAUUCACCAUCCUAAUUGCAAAUGAGAAAAAGACUCUACAAUUGAGCUUUUGCAAGAUAUUGAAAUAUAAUGCUGUUGUCAGUGAUGUCAUCAUGACAUAUUACUUCCUGGUACGAGGAGAGAAGCAAGUGGAGGAGGCAAGUGGAGGAGGCAAGGUCGCAUAUUGCAACGCACUCAGGGUAGUAGAAGAGAAGUAGGAGAAUACAGGAAGUGGUUGGGAAAGAGAGAUGGGGUACGGUUGGGAAAUGACCCUGGCUGGACGCGAACCCGGCUCACCCUGCGCUAUCUUGCCCAUUCAUGGUCAGGUCUAGGGAAACCGACAGGAGAGGACAAAUGGGUCAGUUGUCCCAGCGUCCAGGAAGAGAGGGGGCCCAGAACUGGGUCCUAAUUACACAGUAGGAGCCUAUGGGUUGUUUCCAAUAUGUGGACUCCCGUCCUCCACCUGUGCUUGUGGCCUUGCGCUUCACUGACGCCUCACCUCCGUGGAGAUAACAAUCAAGUUUCCCCGCUGUCAACCUAGCCACAACACCUUUUGGGGAACUAUUCUUCAUUCACCAAUCACCAUCCCAAUUGCAAAUGAGAAAAUGAUGUUAGAAUUACACUUUUGCUAGAUAUUGAAAUAUACUUCGGUCGUCAGUGACAUCAUCAUGAGGCCACAAGCAGACAAGGGAGCAAGGGAGGACGAGAGUUAGGAUAUUAGAAAUAAGUUAAUAACUCCAUGUAUUGACCUUUUAUAUGACUUGGUCCUUGAUCAGGUGUAUGAGCACGCUGUGGCACAGCACACCCGCACCAGAGAGAGUAGAGAGAGAGAGGUUCCAUUGGCCCAUUGUUUCCGGGUUCUAUUACUGCAAGGGGGAGGGGGGGAAAUCCCCCUUUAGGCAGACCUAGGCAGACCUAAGGACUGUUCUAUUCAAUGCUAGGAGUAUUAUGACACGCCCCUUUUGGCAGACCGGAACCUGGUCAUGUUAGGUGCCCAUAGCAACCUAUUACAUUGGCAUAUCUCUAUAUACUUAAAGAAUCUCUGCCCGCAGCUCCAUGAUGUUUAACUGUGUCCGCAGAAAUUUCACUGUCAAGCAUUUUCUUAUUGCUUAUUUAUUUUCGACCAAUGCCCAUACAGGCAUUUCGGCCUAAAGCCAUAAUUAUCAGCGUGUCAAAAUUCAAAAUGAUCUCACUUAUUAACUCAACUCAUCUAAUUUGAGUUGAGCUGAUUAGGAUAAGCUGGCUGCGUGAAUCAGCUGGAGCAAGUGACUUUUACUUUCUGCAGCGGGGAAGGGAGGGCUACCUCGGGUUGAACUGUUUUUGGAGGACAGCAAAAAUGUCACACAACCGCAGGGUUUUUUGUCUUUGUGUUUUGCCAAAAUUACAAUGAUUUUGUGUGUGUGCUGUACUGUGAUGUAAAUAUCUACUGAUGGAGAGGUCCACUUUUGUGUUUGUACGUAUGUCAUCAUAGCUGACGUGCCGGACGGCUAACUAUCCUGCGUAGAAUAUGAUAAUUAUGAUCUGUGUUGCCAUGUGGUAAGGCUGCUGGCCAUACAGCAUGUGAGGAGAAGGGAAGAACGCCAUGUGUAAAAAAAAAAAAAGCAAAGCUAUGUUGAUUGUUAGCUGUCAAACAAAUAUGUCUGAAAUGUGUGUAUUUCAGACACUGUUAAAGAGGCCCUCAGA